AUGCCAAUGUCGCCGGCAGUCAAACUGUCGCCCAUUCAGAUCACAGGCUCUCUUUCCCCAUCACGCCAUGGCGUCCGCUUAAAGGGGCGUCCCCGCUCCAACAGUCUCGUCAAGGUCGAGAAGGUCCAAGAUACUCAGGAGCAGAUGCUCGACCAGAGCAUGUAUGUCAACGUUAAUGUAGAAUGGGUCAACCGCAAGGGCGCUUGGGCGAUGCACCCUUUACUAUCAUUACUGGGCAAGGCCAUGAUAGAUAGCAUACCUGGAAUGACUCCGCAAAUAAGCUGGACUUCAGUCAAUCUGCUCUACAAUGCAUUGACAUACUUAAUGUUUCACGGUGUCACCGGAAUUCCCUUCCAAAGCGAGUUGCAUAGCGGUGCCUACGAUGAUUUAACACUAUGGGAACAGAUCGACGAUGGAGCGCAAUAUACGCCGGCAAAGAAAUGGCUCUUCUGUUUCCCUAUUGCUGUGUUUCUACUUUCGACGCACUAUACCCAUUAUGAUCCAUGGAUCUUCGCAAUUAAUUUGACGGCUCUUAUCUUCAACCUACUGCCCAAGCUUCCCAUGUUUCAUCGCAAGCGUCUACACUUGUUCCCCAAUGAUCCGAGCUCUAGCGCAGCUACUCCGGUCUCUGCAAGUUUCCCACCAAGUCGAACGCCGACGCCGGACAACAGCGAGACACUGUCGCAUAAAAAGAAUUAG